GUGCUGACGAAUCAGUAGUAGCAGUGCGGAGACGGAAGCCGCGGAGGGUCAGUCAGUGUGAGACGUGUCGCUUCCUCUCUCCCUCUUCACAAUCAUGGCUCCUAAAGGCGGCAGCAAGCAGCAGUCAGAGGAGGAUCUCCUUCUGCAGGACUUCAGCCGCAACCUCUCCGCCAAGUCCUCCGCACUCUUCUUCGGCAACGCCUUCAUCGUGUCAGCUAUCCCCAUCUGGCUAUUCUGGAGAAUAUGGCACAUGGAUCUGGUGCAGUCCGCUGUUCUGUACAGUGUGAUGACUCUGGUCAGCACUUACCUUGUGGCCUUCGCUUACAAAAAUGUAAAAUUCGUCCUUAAACACAAGGUGGCCCAGAAGCGUGAAGAUGCUGUCUCCAGAGAAGUAACCCGCAAGCUAUCUGAAGCCGACAGCAGGAAGAUGUCUCGUAAGGAAAAGGAUGAGAGGAUUCUUUGGAAGAAAAAUGAAGUCGCCGACUAUGAGGCUACCACCUUCUCCAUUUUCUACAACAACACACUAUUCCUAGUGCUGGUUAUUGUUGCCUCAUUCUUCCUGCUGAAGAGCUUCAACCCUACAGUAAACUACAUUUUGUCCAUAAGCGCAUCGUCUGGCCUUAUCGCACUGCUUUCUACAGGAUCAAAGUAAAUGCCCUGAGCAUUAAUAAUAUGGUGCAACAAAGUGGGUUUUUUUUUUUCUUUUUUUCAGAAACGUGUACAAUAAACAUCGGGUUGGUUUUC